AUGGCUGAUAAUGAGAUUCUUUUCCUGGAACCAUCAAAAUAUGACCCAGUGAACCUCGAUGAUCUUCUAGACCAGGAUGAACAGGAGCUACACCAUUCUUCUAAUCGAGGAAAGGCACAAGUUGUUGACUCUGACAAUGAUCAAUUAGAUAAUGCAGGCGGUAAUAACUCAGAACCUGACGGUGAAGAUUCUGCAGAAGCUGAAGCCGAGGCUCAAGCCCAGAAUUUUUAUCAUUUCUUAAACGAGGAAGACGAAGAUCAUGAGGCGCGCCCUCCUUCCCCUCAACCUUCACCUAAUCCCUACUUUCACCCCCCAAUUUCCGAUCGCGAACUAGACUUUUAUUGGGAUAAGGAUCAAGAGAUUCCAGAGGCGGUCAAGGCCAAGAGGUGUAAGAGGGCUGGAUUUUAUGGAGGUUGGCCCAUCAAGAGGAAGGCUACAGAAAUCGAAGAAGCUGUUUCCGAGGAUGAAAGAGACUUUGAUAUGUCUCUUCUAAGCAGAUUUGGUCUAAAAACAGGGCGCACCCAAACAGGAGGCGCGUCUAGUUCCAGGGUUUUAAACAAAGUGUCUGUGAGCCAGCCUGUUUCCCAAAAGUCUCCUCCGAAGAAAAAAGAUUUGGAGAAAAGGAAAUUUAAGGAUCAGAAUUCAGAACCUUCAACUAGACUGAGAACGGUGGAUCCUGCUUCUGAGUUUCCAUUCGAGGCCCCAGUCACAGUCGCAGGGGACUGGUUUGCCAAGAUGGCUGACCUUAAGGCGCGCCAUGAUGCCGCUGAUGAGGAGAAGGCCAAGUUGAAGGAACAAUUGGCUGAAGCUGAGAAAGAAAAAGCUGAAUUGGAAAAGUUUAAGAAUAGAGCUAAGAAAGAUAUCUCCAGACUGAAGGCUGAUGCAGAUAACCUCAGGGCUGAUCUUAACAAAACAGAUGAAGACCUCACAACAGCCAGUGAAUAA